AUGAAUGAACCAUCGACUUUAUCUGAGAUCGGCAUUCGCUGUCUGUCCAAAUAUUUAUUACCUUUAGUUACUGAUGAACCUAUUUACAUCUCGGAAUUAUCGUAUUUAACACCGCGUCUGGGCAAUUUAUUACUAAAAACACUUCUUGAAUUGAAACAAGCCGAUUCAUUCAAUACAACUGACUAUUUCCUUUCUCUAUUCAGUAAAGCUUCCCAAAAAUCGGAAUCUAAGUCUAACGUGCUCAUUCAACUGACAACACUACCAUUUCGUUCGUGUUCAUUCAUAACAAACCAAUCCAUAUCUCACUACUUAUCAUCCCAUGAAUUCAUUGAAACGAUCGAUUUGCGCGAUUGUCGUGUAAACUACAAAAUCUUUCAUCUAUUAACCAAAUACUUUCCUCGUUUGACUACAUUGUACAUCGGUAUGACUGAAAGUCCGUUAGAUCGUCAGUUUACCUCAUACGAAUUCUUUCCAAGAAACCCGCCCGAUCCGAAAUGUUUUCUAAAAAUAUCCAAAUUGAAAUAUCUCUCCAUCGAAGGUAUUUACAGAUCUGCACAACAUGAUUCAAUCGAAGAUUUUUUCCAUAAUUCAUUGACACAAUCAAGUGAACAGCUUCGUGUGCUGGAUCUAUCAAGAAACUCUUCCCUGAAACAAUUGUCAUACAUCGAUUGCUUUAAACACAUUCGUUCAUUGAUUCUCUACGAUAUUUUACCAGAUACGAUCGAACUGUCCAUUGAUUCGAUAUGUCGUUUGCGAACACUAGUUCUCCUCGAUCUGUCGUUCAGUCGACGUGACCAAGAACCACCAAAUUAUUCGAAACCGACGAUUAUUUUAGCUAAAUUGAUACGAUCGCUGCCGAAGUUACUUUCACUAGAUAUUAGUGGAACAAAUCUCGCUGGUGCUUUUUCAUUUGAUCGAAGUGAGGAGCUAGCUUACAUAAGAAAGGAACUUAACAUCGAUGAAUCUGAAACGUUCACUGUGCAAUCGGGUAUAGCUGGUUUAUUAGUGUUAAAAAAUGAAUUAGAUUUCUUGGGUCUCUUCGAUGUCGAUGAGAAAGGUUCAGCACGGCAAUGUUUACCAGCGAAGAAGAUCACCGGUGAACACACAGAAGAAAUGAUGAUCACCUCGCUGAUACACUAUAUAGAACGGCCGACUGUGUUAACACAUGUCAUGGCACAUUUAUUUCGUCUAUAUAAACACUAUACUAUUCACAACCCUUUUGAUGCCGGAAAGCUGGUCAUGGAUGCGAUGGAGAGACAUUUGUAUGACCGUAGUCUUCAAACGUCUGGUAGUGCCUGUUUAUAUUAUGUGGUAGAAAUGUUUCAAAAUGAAUCGGAUACAAUGUUAGCGAAAUAUAAUGAUUAUCUAAAACGAUUGUUGAUAGUCAUCCUCGCUGCAAUGAACACACAUUUGCAACAUCCAGCAAUGAUUCGAAAUGGUCUGUUGACAAUCUCUCGAAUACAAAUGCAUUUACCAAACCAUAUUAUGAGCGCCUUUGAAGAAACAGUGAAUGUUUUAAUAAAAUUUAUUCAAUUAUUUCUGUACGAAGCAGUUGCUCAUGAUCAAAUCUUGCUUCAUAAUGCUCUUUCCGUGCUCAAUCACGUAGCGUGUAGUGUUGAUGGACAAGAAAAACUCUACAUCGGUCGAGUUGGAGUUAUUGAAACUGCAGUGGGAAUUAUUCGUCGUUACUGGACGAAAAAAUCGAACUGUGAAACAGUUGAAGUAGCUUGGACAUUAUUGUGGAAUAUAACAGACGAAACAGCCGAGAAUUGUCGACGAUUUAUCGAAGAUAACAAUGGUUUACAGGCGUACUAUGAUUGUUUAGAGUUAUGGUCGGAUAAACGCGACCUCGUAAGAAACAUGUUAGGUCUAUUGGGAAAUGUCGCCGAAGUUAAGGAAUUACGUCAUUAUUUAGUUACACCUAUGCAUAUGGAUAAGUUUAGGAUGCUAUUGACUCGAUCGAUACAAAAUGACAUCGAAAUUCCGUAUAAUUGUGGUGGAAUUCUUGCAAAUAUUCUUUCUGAUGGUCUUGAAGCAUGGACCAUAGGUUCGAAGAUAGAGCAAUAUGUCGUUAAUCAAGAUAUGUACGAUGCGGUACAGACAUGGGAUUUACGCCGACAACGAACAAUCAACUAUCGAUCACUAGCGCCUAUAUUGAGAUUAUUAAAUGAGAAUUAUCCAAGUGGUUGUGUUAUGUGGGCUGUUUGGGCAAUGACUAAUCUAACUACUGUGCUACCGGAGAAAUAUUGUACAUUAGUUCGAAAUGAAAAUGGUGAACCACUGCUAACUCAAAUACUAUACAGUGAUAAACUAAGUGACGCAAUCAAAAAUUUAGCUCAAGCCGCACUUACAAACAUUCAACGAUUUUAUGAUACACCAGUGCCAAUGGAUAUAGCACAUGAUGAUGAACUUGAACUUUAA